AUGUCCGCGUACGCCAUGUUCCACAUGCGCGCGAGGCAGAACAUGCCCUCCCAGCGCACGCUGAACUUCUUGUCCCGCACGCGCUCGCCGAGGUGGUGCAGUAUCCGCUUCCCCCACCCCUUGCCGUCGCCGUCGGCGCUCUUGCCCUUCCCGCGACCGGCGGUGGCCGCGGCGGCCACCGGCGCCCCGGAGGCAAGCUCGGGGUUGUAG